GGGUGAUCAUACAAUAACCGUGCAUGUAUAUUCACUGUGAGCAGUAUCUUUUUGGCCAUCGUUUGGUAAAGUCAAGCAUCCAAAUCAUCAAUCAUAAUGCAGAAGUCCUUGAUUAUUGUGUUGGCCGUCUGCCUCUUAAGCGUUCACGCCUUUGUGAAACGCGACGCCCCAGCCGCUGCCGCAGCCGCAGAAGCCAACACCAACUACUUAGAGGAUAUUCAGAAGCAGUUGGGAGCCUUGAGCAAGCAAGUCGGUGACAAGCUGAAGGAGACCUUUGACCCUGAAGAGAUUAAAAAAGGUCUCAAUGAUGCCGUGAACAGUAUCGGCAAGGCGCUUGAAGAAGUAAAGGCGAAGUCUGAAGCUACGAAAAAAGAGUAAGGGUGGUGCAAGAGGAGUAUUUAAUACACACCAAGCAAACAAUCCUAGACAAAAAAUAUACCUCCAGAGUAAUAAAUGUAAUAAUAAACAAUAAACAUUUUUUAACUAG